AUGGCACACUUGAGUGCGACGCAGCGCUCAGCGUCGCCCGUCAGCCCGCUCUCGCGUCCACACGACUGGCCCACCUCCAACUCCUCCCCACAUCGCUCGUCGUCCUCAUCCCUCGCACAGACGCGCACGCCGGCUUCCGAGUCGAACGAGCAACGGAGAAGACAGAUAGAGGAUGUGUGCGGGCAUGUCAGGCUCGUGAGGGACGGCGAGAAACCGGCGUUCGAACUGCUCGUCCUCGGCUGCGGAGGCGGUCCCAUCGAGACAAACCUUAGCAGUUUCCUCGUGAAGCCUUACGGCCGGAAGUGGACAGACGGAUGCACUGGUCUCGAGGGAGGUUCGACAAUCGGAGCCCUUGCCCAUCUCGUCGAGCGGAAUCCGUACGCUUUCGAAGGUUUCGGACUGGGCAUUGGUGUGGACGCGGAUGAGCUGGAGGAGGCGGCGCAGGGACGGGCGGGGAAGAAGAAGCAGGUUGGUGUUGGGAGGGAGGGAGGAGGGAAGGCGGCGGGGAGAAUAUGGGAUAUGAUUCGCUGCUUCGCCAUCACCCACGCCCACCUCGACCAUAUCGCCGGCCUGAUAAUCUCCUCCGCCGCAUGUCGACCGCCCCCCAAACCAGUCUACGGCAUCCAGCGAACGAUCGCGAAUAUCGAGCGGGUGAUGGAUGGCGGACCGUGGCCGGUUUUGGGCGGAUGGGACGAGGGCGUGACGAUUGGACGGGCAUAUCAUUACAAGCACAUCCCCAUGCCUUCUCCUCCCUCCCUCCCCCUCUCCGACUCGCUCUCCUUCACCGCCUACCCCCUCUCACACGGCACCGAUCCGUCCUUCUUCCACAAGAACAAGAAGAAGGGACACUCUGCCUCGAACGGUGACGGGAAUGCGUGUCUAGUGGAGUGCUAUGACUCGACGGCGUUCUUUGUCAGAGAGGAGGAGAGCGGGAAGGAGAUGUUGUUCUUUGGGGAUGUUGAGCCGGACUCGAUUUCGCAGCGGAGCUUGAACCGGAAUAUCUGGAAAGUUGCGGCGCCGAAGAUCGCGCGAGGCGACUUGAGCAUCAUCUUCCUCGAGUGCAGCUAUCCGUCCUCACAACCGAAGGAUAAGCUGUUCGGACACUUCUCGCCGCCGUACAUCCUCGAGGAGAUGGAGGUCUUGGCGGAGCUGGUGAUCGAGGCGCGGAAGGCGAACGGCGAGAGUGGGGAAGAGGCGGAGCGGGAUCCCCUGCGCGAUGUGAUCGUCGUCAUCCAGCACAUCAAGGAUGACAUCUUCACCUUCUCGAGCCCGAUGUCGGACGCCCCUCCUCCCGUUCCUCCCAAAGCCGUCCCCUCACGAACCAACUCCCCCCUGCCUCCGCUACCCGACUCCGCCCAGCAAACCCUCCAUCCUCCACUCGCGACAACCCGCCCAACAUCCCGCAGUCUCCCCUCCACCUCGAAUUCGCGCUCCCCGUCUCGACCCUUCACGAUGCACGACUCUCCCCUCCUCUCGAUGUCCCCUCCCGCUCCGUCCGUCCCGAUCCGCCGACCCUCCUCAGCGGCAUUCGCAUUCUCCUCGACCUUCCCCGCUUCAAGCAUGUCCUUCACUACGCUCCCGACCGGUCCAGGGUCGAGACUGAGCAUGAGUCUCGACGUCUCGCCUACUGGAUCGGCUGGGUCAGGUCCGGGCGCGGGGAGGAGGGUUAGCACGCCCGCUGCGUUUUCCCAUGCGCACGAGAGCGGCCGAAGAGGGGCACUCGCACCCCCUCUCGAGCUCGUCUCGGACUUGCGAGAGCGAGGCAGACCAGCGCGGUUGGACGCAGACGAGCUCGCGAAGCGCGUCAGUACCGCUCCGAUCCUCGAGGAGGAGGACCAAGAAUCUUCCUCCUCGUCCUCGGAAGAGAUGGUCGAAGAGACGGUCCACGAACGGAUCGAGCGCGAACUAAACGAGUUGGAGGAGAUGGCGGGGACGGGGGUGAGGUUCUUGAUUGCGAGGCAGGGGAUGAGGCUGGUCUUUUGA